GGACAUUUCUCGUGAUGGAGGACCCACUUGCAUGGGGCUUAUAACUUCUUCACUCGCUCAAAAAAGCUUUACGUUCUGAAACUAUCUGUAAGCUUCUACCAAAAAAAAAAAGGAAAACUCUCUGUAAGCACCGAGAAGUGAUGAAGAGAAUGGCGAAGAAUUAUACUGUUCAAAUGGAGAGUGGGAGGGCUGGCAAAGAUGGGAUCCCCUCCGUCGGUCCAGUAUACCGGAAUAAAUUGGCGCAGGAUGGGUUUCCGCCACUCCACCCUGACAUGACCACCUCAUGGGAUGUGUUUAGAGUUGCUGUAGAGAAGUAUGCUGGAAAUAAGAUGCUUGGAUGGCGUGAGUUUACCAAUGGAAAGGCCGGGCGUUAUCUAUGGAAAACUUAUAAGGAGGUCUAUGAAGAAGUACUGCAGGUUGGUUCCGCUUUGCGGCAGCUGGGGGUUGAACCUGGUUCGCGUGUAGGAAUCUAUGGAGCAAACUGCCCUCAAUGGAUGGUAGUCAUGGAGGCUUGCAAUGGAUACAGCUUAAUCUGUGUCCCACUCUACGAUUCUCUAGGAUCAGGGGCUAUCGAUUACAUAAUAGAGCACGCUGAAAUUGAUGUUGUUUUUGUCCAAGAUAAGAAAAUGAAACAAAUUCUAUCUGCCGAUUGCAAAUCUGCUCAGAAACUGAAAUCAAUUGUUUCAUUUACUUCAACAACGAGGGAACAGGUUGAUGCUGCUGCUAACUGUGGAGUGAAAGUGCAUUCCUGGAAUGAAUUCCUCCAGAUGGGAAAAGAACAUCCGUCAGACCCUUUUCCUCCAAAACCUCUUGAUAUAUGCACCAUAAUGUACACAAGUGGUACAAGUGGAGAUCCCAAGGGUGUAAUGUUGACUCAUGAAAGCCAUGCAACAUUUGUAAACGGGGUUGACCUCUAUAUGGAACUAUUUGAAGAUAAGAUGACAGUGGAUGAUGUAUAUCUAUCUUUCCUUCCACUUGCUCACAUUCUUGACCGCGCGAUUGAAGAAUAUUUUUUCCAUAAAGGGGCCUCUGUGGGAUACUUUCAAGGGAAUAUUCUUGCUUUGAGAGAUGAUCUCAUGGAACUGAAGCCAACACUCUUAGCUGGUGUCCCUCGAGUUUUUGAAAGAAUACAUGAAGGUGUAUCGACGGCAGUAGCAGAACUCAGACCUCUGAGAAGGAUGAUUUUUAAUAUUCUGUACAAACACAAAUUAUCAUGGAUGAGAGCAGGAUAUUCACACAAGACAGCUUCCCCACUGGCAGACACAUUGGCAUUUCAUAAGGUCAAAGCCAGGCUUGGAGGUCGAAUUCGGCUUAUAAUAUCUGGAGGUGCCCCACUAAGUAAUGAAAUUGAGGAAUUCUUGAGAGUCACUAGCUGUGCUUUUUGCAUUCAAGGCUAUGGGAUGACAGAGACAUGUGGUCUCAGCUCAUCUGGAUAUCCUGAUGAUCUUUCUUUGGUUGGAACUGUUGGUGUUGCCUCCCCGUACACUGAGUUGCGCCUAGAAGAAGUACCUGAAAUGGGUUAUCAUCCACUAGCUGUUCCUUCACGUGGUGAAAUAUGUGUUAGAGGGAAGACUCUCUUUUCAGGAUACUACAAAAAUCCUGAGUUGACAAAAGAAGUGAUGAUAGAUGGCUGGUUUCAUACAGGUGAUAUUGGGGAGAUGAGCCCUGAUGGAAUUUUAAAGAUUAUCGACAGAAAGAAAAACAUUUUCAAGCUAUCUCAGGGGGAGUAUGUUGCAGCUGAGUACUUGGAGAAAGUAUACAGCGUCACUCCAAUUGUUGAAGAUAUUUGGGUCUAUGGGGAUAGCUUCCGAUCAAUGCUGGUAGCAGUAGUCGCACCGCAUGAAGAUAGUGCUAAAAGAUGGGCAGAGAUAAAUGGCCACAAGUGUUCCUUCACUGAACUGUGUGCACUUGAGGAACUAAAGAAGUAUAUUAUCCAACAGCUGAAGGCAGUUGCUGAAAAGAAUAAGCUGAGAGGUUUUGAGUAUAUUAAAGGGAUUGUGGUGGAUGCUCUGCCCUUCGACAUUGAAAGAGAUCUGGUGACUCCUACUAUGAAGAAGAAAAGAGGCCAACUGCUCAAAUACUAUCAGUCAGACAUUGAGAAACUUUACAGAACUCUAAUGGAAGGGAGGAAAUAACGCUUGGUAUGUGUUCAUGUAUAAUCCUCCUAUUAUCAGUUGAACGGCAAAAGGAGGACACCUGAUGAGAUCAUCUGAUAUCCAGUACAAGGUCUAUAUAAUUUAAUAAUGCAUUUGGCUUUGCUACUUUGUAAGGAGAAUUGUUAUCCAAAUAACCGAAUCUUCAUGUGUUAAAAUAGCAUUAUAAAUAUGAUUUACAUCCAUUUCAGUACCAAA